AACUAAAGAGUAGAGUAGUGGAGGGACCUCCGACCUGUUCCAGUCUGUUGAAUGUCGGCUUCUUCCCCCCUUAUUUUCUAGUACUACUUCAAAACCUUUUUUCCAUUUCCUUUCCCAAUUUUUUCUCUUUUUCCUUAAUCUUACAAUAAUCAGAUAUUUUUCUCCUCCCUCUAUGGAAUUACCGUUUCUUUUUCUUCUAAAACUCUAUCUUGAACUAAAAAUCACUCCUUUCCUACCCAACAAGAUUCUUUAUUUUUAACUGAUUUUUUAAAUUUUUGACUAUUUAUAGUUUUACCACUCUUUUUUGAGGAAUAUGUGAUUCAAAGAAGUGGGUUUUAAUUUUAUUGCUAUUUAAUGAAGUUUGAAGUUAUUAUCACUUCAAUUUGAUUGGUUGAAGAAGCUUCUGAUCUCCUUGAUCUUUGGAGUAGCUUCUAUCCAUUAAUUGGGUAUUUUGUUGGGUUGAUUUUGAUGAAACUGGAGCUGAAAUGGUUGUGUAAAUUGAGCUUAAAUUAGUGAUUAAUAUGAUUGGAAUGGUGAAAACAAUGCUGGGUUUGAUUGUUUUCUGUUUAAAAUUGUAGUAAAGAAGAAAAAGAUUAUUUUUUUGGGUAAUUAUUUUGUGGGUUUGAUUGUUGAAAGUGGGUUUUUGCAAUCAUGAAAGCUCCUACAAAUGGUGUCAUUGCUCACUCUGGAGAAGGUGAUGAAGCUUAAUUUUAAUAAUAAUUUAUUAUUUCUUUUUAUUGUUUGAUAUUUUUAUUGAGUUGGGUUUAAUCUUGUUUUUAUUUGGAAUUAUAAUUUCCCAAAAUUUCAUUUUUUGCAAGAUUUUGGGUGAUAGUUUUGUUGAUGGUUUGAUUGAAUUUCUGUGGUGAUUUAUUUGGAAUAUAAUUUCCCAAAUAUUUAUUUAAAAUUAUAAGCCCUUUUUAUUUUGAUUAGCAAAAGUAUUUUAUCUUUUUGGUGCUUGGCAUCAAUAUUUUGGCUUUGUGCUUACCUUUGUUGUUUGCAUAUAUCCUGAAGCAUAAAAGAACAUAAUCCAUCCAAAAUAAGGAGAAAAUAAAAAGAAAAUUCAAAAUAAAACAGAAAGAAAGAAAGAAAAAAGGAGAGCAUAAUCAAUAACAGGAUAAAGAUUGAAGUUGACAUUUUUGUUCCACUUGCAACUCUAAAGGAGCCCUGAAACUCCUGCUUUCAUCUAUCUUUUUCAAUACCUCUAGCCAUUAUUAUUUCUUUGCUAAUAGAAUACUUCUAUGUUUAUCAAUAUAUCUAACUGUUUCCAAUUUACAAGAUAUGUGUAUCAUAGAGGGAAAAGCUAUAAAUUCAGAGUUGUGGCAUGCCUGUGCUGGACCGCUUGUUGCUGUGCCUCCUGUUGGAAGUCUUGUUGUUUACUUUCCACAAGGCCAUAGCGAGCAAGUAGCAGCUUCUAUGCAAAAGGAGACUGAUGGCAUUCCAAGCUAUCCAAAUCUUCCAUCUAAGUUGAUUUGCAUGCUCCACAAUGUCACAUUACAUGCCGAUCCAGAAACCGAUGAGGUGUAUGCACAAAUGACUCUUCAACCUGUUAAUAAGUAUGAUAGGGAAGCUUUGCUUCAAUCUGAGUUGGCUCUUAAACAAAGCAGGCAGCCUGCCGAGUUCUUCUGCAAAACUCUAACAGCUAGUGACACAAGCACACAUGGGGGAUUUUCUGUUCCUCGUCGAGCUGCUGAUAAGAUUUUUCCUCCGUUGGAUUUCUCUAUGCAACCUCCUGCUCAAGAGCUAAUGGCUAAAGAUUUACACGGCCAAGCAUGGACCUUUCGACAUAUAUAUCGAGGCCAGCCAAAAAGACAUUUGUUGACUACAGGAUGGAGUGUUUUUGUCAGCUCUAAGAGAUUAUUUGCUGGUGAUUCUGUUCUCUUCGUAAGAGAUGAAAAAUCACAUCUUCAAUUAGGUAUACGGCGUGCAAACAGACAGCAGCCUGCCCUUGCUUCAUCUGUUAUAUCUAGUGACAGCAUGCAUAUCGGAAUUCUUGCCGCUGCAGCUCAUGCUGCUAGUAAUAACAGUCCAUUCACAAUUUUUUAUAAUCCGAGGGCUAGUCCAGCUGAGUUUGUAGUUCCCUUGGCUAAGUAUAAUAAAGCACUAUACUCCCAAGUUUCUCUCGGAAUGCGAUUCAGGAUGAUGUUUGAAACUGAGGAGUGUGGGGUACGUAGGUACAUGGGUACAAUAACAGGCAUCAGUGACCUUGAUCCUCUGCGAUGGAAAAACUCUCAGUGGCGUAACCUUCAGGUUGGCUGGGAUGAAUCUACAACUGGGGAGAGACCAAGUCGAGUUUCCAUUUGGGAUAUUGAGCCCGUUGUCACACCUUUCUACAUAUGUCCCCCGCCAUUUUUCAGACCAAAGUUCCCUAAGCAGCCAGGGAUGCCAGAUGACGAGUCCGACCUGGAGAGCCUGUUUAAGACUGGUAUGCCUUGGCUUGGUGAUGCCUUUGGCAUGAAAGACAUGCCUAACUCAAUAUUUCCCGGCUUGAGUCUGGUCCAGUGGAUGAGCAUGCAACAAAAUAACCAGUUUCCUGGUGCGCAGGCCGGAAAUUUCUCAUCCAUGCAUACAGCAUCUGCCUUGCACGGCAGCCUGGGUGUCGAUGAUCCGUCCAAGUUGUUGAACUUCCAAGCUCCAUCUCUGUCUAUGCCGAAUCUUCAGUUCAAUAAAGCCGUCCAACAAAAUCAAAUGAGUCAGGUACAGCAGCAACCUGCAUCCUGGUCCCAGCAGCAGCAGCUACAGCAAUUGCUGCAGAGUCCUCUUACCUCGCAGCCGCAGCAGCAACAACAGCUGCCGAAGCAACAAUUGCAGCAGCAACAACCAGCACCACAAAAGCAGCAAAUAACGCAAUCGACAUUUGUAAACAGUGGUCUUGCUUCACCUAGCCAGAAUUUAAGUCAGAAUUUGCCUCAGCCUCACAUUUACAGUCAGCUUCAUCACCUGCCGGUGCUAGGAGUAAAUAACCAGACCCCACCAAAUAUUUCAUCCAAUAAAGACUCUACACUAACAUCAUUACCGCCAGAUACGCAGUUUCAGCAACAAACAGAACAGCAAGCUAAUGUUGUGCAGAGACAUCAGCAGCUGCAAGUACAAUUGCAGCAGCCUUCACAGCCGUUACUUCAAGAGAGCCUGUCACAGAGGCCGCCUGUCCUACAGAACCUCUCUGAGCAUCAGCUUCAACUUCAACUGCUGCAAAAAUUACAGCAGCAACCUCAGGCAGAGCAGCAACAACUGCAGCAACAUCAACAGCAUCAUCAGAAAUCACACCCUUUGAUGUCGUCCACGAGUCCUCAGGUCCAGCCUCAAGUGACAUCCCAACUUCGUAUUGCUCAGCAAAACCAAAUUUUACCGCAGCAUCCGUUAAUGCAGUAUCAGCCACAACAAGUGGGUGUUAGCACUAUUCCCACAUCCGCGCUUGUGAAUUCUACUCCAAUAACAGCAGUCCAAAAUCAGGGGAUGCAGAGAACAAGUGGGAUAGUAAGAUCUAUAUCUGGCCCGACCAAUGGAGAUGCUCCAUCGUGCUCUACAUCACCGUCCACAAAUAACUGCCAGGUUCCUCAUUCAAGCUUUUUAACCCGGAAUCAGCCUGGGCGGAACUUGUUAGUUGAUCAUUCCAUCGUUGAGCCCAAUAGAAGCUUGGUGCAAGAUCUUCAAGAGAAGUCUGAUAUUAGGAUCAAGAAUGAGAUUCAAAGCUCAAAAGUAAUAGAGGCGCCAAGAAUCAAUGGCAUCAUCACUGAUCCAUUAGAAGCAUCCUCUUCUGUCACUUCAUACGGGUUGGACUUGAGUGGAUUUCAACAAAAUUUAUCCCUUCCGAGCUUUGGAUUGGAUGGUGAUGUGCAGUCUCACCCAAGGAAUAAUCUUCCUCUUUCAACGGGCAUGGAUGCUUUGACACCGGAAACCUUGUUGUCUAGGGGAUUUGACACAGGAAAGGAGCUCCAUAAUUUGUUUUCUAAUUACAAUAACGGCCCUACAGACAUCGAAACAGAAUUGUCAGCUGCUGCAAUGACUUCUCAGCCAUUUGGGAUUCCAAAUAUCCCGUUCAAGUCAGGGUGUUCGAAUGAUAUAGCAGCAAUUAAUGAUACUGCUGUUUUGGGUGGUGGGAUAUGGCCGAACCAGACUCAACAACGUAUGAGGACAUAUACAAAGGUGCAAAAGCGUGGCUCAGUUGGUAGAUCCAUUGACGUCACCCGUUACAAGGGAUAUGAUGAGCUUAGAUGUGACCUUGCUCGUAUGUUCGGUAUCGAAGGACAACUUGAGGAUCUUCAAAGAUCAGAGUGGAAACUGGUCUAUGUAGAUCAUGAAAAUGACAUUCUAUUGGUCGGAGAUGAUCCGUGGGAUGAAUUCGUGAAUUGUGUUCAGAGCAUAAAGAUACUAUCAUGUGUUGAGGUGCAGCAGAUGAGUUUAGACGGUGAUUUGGGUAACGGGCCGAUCCCUAACCAAGCUUCUAGUGGUACCGACAGCGGCAAUGCAUGGAGAGGACACUAUGAUGACCAAUCUGCUGCCUCAUUCAAUCGAUAGGAUUUCAUGUUCAGACAUUCCACAUAAAGUCCAGACCAAAAAAUGCCCGAGAAAUCUCUGGCUGAAGCAUACAAUUACUGAUGCACCAUCGAGCUGGAUGGUGUAUUUUGCACUUACAACACUUCUAUGUUAACUACAGCAUGCGUAACUACAGCACGUCAAUGUUAACUUAUAUUUCUUUUUAGGAGCUGAGUUUCCGUCAUUAGUCUUCUGCAUAAUGUAGUACCAGAAUGGAGCUAGGAGCGGGAAGAUAAACUAUCGGCCCGUUAGGUAAAGCAUGGACCUGGUUUAUCUUGCGCCAUCGGCAUCGCCACCCGAUUUGUUUUCUUGCAACCUAAUUGUAAAGCUAGUGUUGUGAUAGAUGUAGUCGUUUUCUUGCGACCUUUUGUAACACUUUCAAUAUUUAUGUAAAUGCUAUGUAGCUCAUCAAGAUUUUCGGUAGCCUAGGUAAAGCUGUUUUUCUGUUGGCAAACAAUGGAAUUUUAGGUAUAGUUGAGUUUAAUGAAACUUUUCAGAUUAGUGUAAACAUGAUUUUGAGAAAUAUAAUUUUGAUUAAUUUCCGUUUUCCUUUUUA